GGGCCGUCCGCGCGUGCCAUUGUGACUGUGGGUGCGCCUGCCAUACCAGCUCCGACGACGGGGCCUUGAAGCUGCUCGAGAGGCAGCUCGACAGGUGCGGGCCCGAGCACCUGUGCCCGCAGUGUCCGACCUGCCCGCAGUGCCCAGGGCCUCUCCCUUGUUCGCCGCUCUGGCCCGCGGGGCUGGGCGGCUUCGUGGCGGGCGCCGCCACCACCGCGCUCGUGGCGCUGAGCGCUGGGCGCUGCAGGGGCCGCCGCGAAGGGGUCCGCCUGGCUCGCGCCGCCGGGCCGAGCCCACCGCUGGGCCUCGCCGACGGGCCCGCGCCGCCAGUGCCGGCGCCAGCGCGGGGAGCUGCCCAGGAGCCGAGGGCUCCCGCGGCGCUGCCGGGCUCGCGCUGCGCGGACAGCGGCAUGUCGUCGCUCGCGCCGGGGACCUAUGCCUUCGUUCAGUACAAUGACCCAGCCGAUGACGGGCUCUGGCACGAGCGGCUGAUUUUGGGCUGGGUCUCGGCAUCGGAGUACAUCGUGAUGACUCCGGACGGAGACGUGUUCAUAGAGCAGCUCGACUCGGCGAACGCAGACCUCUCAGGUAUCCGUUUCUCGCCCUCAUCGGGGGGCCUGCCAGCUGGUCUCUCGGGUGCGCCGUUGUACCGCUUUGCGGCGCAGCCUGCGGGAGCCGAGUUGACGGCGCUGCUCAACGAGGGGGCCUCACACGCUCGAGUUGAACGCCAGGCGAGGGGCUUGGCGCAGCCGCCCGGGGCCGGCGUCCCCGGCGGCCCAGGUGGCGUUGCCCCAGCGGUGGAGCCGAUCCCGCUUCCAGUUCCGCCACCGCCGGCGGCCGCCGGCGCCCCCCAGCCACCUCCGCUUGCACCGAGGAUGUCGCCGGCGGGGGGCAGCUGGGUGUUCGAUGUUCCUGGCACCAUGCACGCGAUCGGGCAGGAGUUCCUCUUCCCGGCGGGCGGGCUGGACUUCGGGGGCCACGUGUUUGUCUCCGUGGGCGGAGCGAUCACCACGGGCUGCUUCGUCCAGGGGGACACGAACCUCGACGAGUGGGCGGCGGAGCGGCAGCUCUUCUUGAUGCAGGGCGAGCCACGCCUGCUGCCUCGACGGCAGCCCGCAGGGCCAGUCCCGUUCACCCGCGAUGCGGGGUGGCUGCACAAGGAUCCGAGGAUCGAGAUCCACUUGAAGGGGCCGCCGACCGUGGGCGACUCUGUGACCGCGCUGAUGGCGCGGAGUCCGGGGGGCUUCAUGUCCUCCCAUGAGCGCUGGCUGGUCGAGAGCAAGGUGCCCGCCGCCAGCCGCUCGGCGCGCGAGCAUCGGGUGGUCUCGAAGGCGCUGGAGCUCGGGCAGGCUGUCGACGGCAUCAACCUGGCAAACCUGACCUGCAUGGAGUAUCUCAACAGGUGGCGGGAUAUCAUGACCGACCUGAACCACGGUGGCGCCUUUGCUGGCAGCGCCGCCGCGGCUUUGAAAGACCAGCUUUUUUCGGAGGAGGGCGUAGCCCCUCCUUGGGGCUGGCCGGACGCACAGCCGCCCGGCUGCAGGCCGCCGCCCGGGCUUUCGAGGCCGCCUGGCUGCCUGGACGAUCUCUUCCCCCUCCCGCUGCUCGACCCGCAGGAGGCUGAUUUUGGCGGCGCAGGCCGCGCCCGCACCGGGCAACGUAGGAGAUGCAUCCGUCGGGACGUGCUGAGUGACGUUAAUGACUCGCUGAUGGGCCUCAAUGCUUUGUACGGCUGCGAGCGCUCUUCGGUAGCCGCGCCCACCGAGGGUGUCCUUGACCCUGAUGCCGCGCACGCGCUUGUUAAUUUUGAGAGCCUCCUUGCCGAGCCCGAGGUUCGUCAGGCUCGGCGGGAGGGGGACCCGGUCCGACCCUACAUGGACGCCGUGUUAAAAAGUGAUCGGGCCCAGUAUGUGCAGUUUUUGGGGCAGCUCGCGAGCUGCCAUGUGCUCACCUCCACGAGGACUAAGAAGGCCUCUGUCACACCGUUCUUUGUGUCAAAAAAGACCGACAAGAUUCGGCUCGUGUUAGAUUGUCGUGAGGCCAACCAGUUCUUUAAGCACUCUCCCUUUACGGAGAUAGCUGCGGCAGAGAGCCUCAGCUCGCUCGAGGUCCCCGAGGGCAGGCAGUUGUACAGUGCAUGUGCUGAUAUUCAGUGUGCAUUCUAUCAGUGCGGAGAUAUAGGUGAUCUAUGCCAGUACUUCUGCCUCCCUAAGGUGACUCGGGCUGAGGCUCUCCGCGCUGGUAUCCCCGUGAAGGACCUCGGUGGCACGUGCGACUUCGUGUACCCGGCGAUGCAGGUACUUCCAAUGGGCUGGUCUUGGGCCUUCUGGUUCGUACAGCGUCUUCACCUCGAGGUGGUGCGUAGAGCUGGAGUCCCCUCUACCAUGGUUGCUACGGGGUCCUGGCCUCUUCCCUCGGUCACCGAGGGCCCAAUCGAGGUCCCGUACUCGGACAAUGUGAAUGUGUUCGGUUUGGAGCCGGGGCCCGUGUCUGCAACGCGUGAUCGUAUCGUCGCUCAGUUCGAGGCGGAGGGAUUCGCCAUGCAUGAUAUCUCCGAGGUGUCGCCCAAUGGCGUCGUUUUGGGAGCUGACGUCGGUGGGUCGGACCCGUUUACCCGCCGCUCUUUAAAAAAGCUUCUGGUGGUCAGGAAAGCUCUGUUCUGGCUCGCGACGGGCCCGUACGUAAGUGGCCGACAGUUGGAGGUUAUCUUGGGACAUUAUGUUGCUGCCUGUCUGUUCUGUCGCCCUGGCUUUUCGGUCAUGCGUGCGGUGUAUGAGUUCGUCCGGGCGUCUUACGACAAGCCCAAAGUGCUUUGGAGAAGUUGCCGCUACGAGUGUUGGCUUAUGGCGACCCUGUGCAUCCAUCUACAGUCCCCCCUGUCAUUGCCGUGGGCGAGUGACGUCAUCGCUACAGACGCGUCCACUACCGGGAUGGGGGUUACUGAGGCUAGGGUUCCGAAGGGUGUCGUCGCGGACGUCGGGAGAUGGCGGGAGAGGUGGAGAUAUCGUCGCUUGGAACCCUCUGAGUGGGCCCCCCGGGCCCGUGCCCUCGACGGCCUGGACGAAAUCACCUUGCCUCAUACUGCCUGGGAGAACCCGUCGGAGCGCGGCUGGAAGCACGCUGUGGGUUUUCCUGAGGUUCCAUCGGAAGUCCUGGGAGCCCAGUUUCGUGUGGUCUACGCGGCGCCCUUUAGAUAUGCCGAGCACAUUGUCGGCUUUGGGAGCGGUCGAACGCUCGGCCGCCCUGUGGACCGUAUGCUCGGCCCGCUCAGCGUGGCUGGAGGGGCUACGCCUUGCCUGGAGGACUGCCACGGGCACACGCCGACCAUCAAGGGGGUCCAGCGGUCCGUGCGGAAGGCUCGAGCUGCUCGACUUCCAGCUCACGCUGCGCCGAGGCAAGCCAGGCUGGGGAGGCCCGCUGCCGUGGCGGCGCCGAGGCGGCGCCCGGCGUCGCCAGCGGCUGCUGUGCCGCUCCGCCGCCCAGCGGCCGCAGGCGCGCCUGUGCCGAUGGGCCGUCCAGCCGCGGCGCCCGGCGAGGCCGGGCCGCGGCCCCGACUGGCGGCGGCGGUGGCGAGGGAGCGGACCCCCAAGGUGACGACCACAAUCCCGUCGGCCUGCGAGGCCGCAGCCGUCGGAUCCUCGGCCAGGCUCUCCAACCAGCAGUACUACGCGGCCUUCCUGGCGUUCGUGGGACAGCCAGCCGACGACCUCGAGGCGCUCGAGGUGCAGGUCUUGGAGGUCCUCGACACGUUCCUGGACGCGGGCUGCACGAAGGGGGACGCGGACUACUUGGUCGCCGCCGUCAAGGACGCGCUGCCGAGGGCGACGGGGCCGAGGGCCCUGCCUCGCGUGCAGCGCGCGCUGAAGGGCUACGGCAAGAAGGUCCCCCCGAGGUCUCGAGCCCCCGCGCCCCGCGAGGUGGUGGGCUCAGCAAUCUCGGGCCUUCUCUCGGUGAACAAACGGGACGCCGCGUUGCAAGUGCUCACGAUGUUCAGCACCUUCGUCCGUCCGGGUGCGCUGAGGAGGCUGCUGGUGAGGGAUCUGCCGCGUCCCACGAGGGCCGGUGGUGCCAUGGCGGUGUGGUCUCUCUUGCUGGCUCCGACGGUCGCCGACCCGCUGGCGCCGCUCGCCCAGGAGGCGGGCCAGACUCGCUUCCUGACCAAGACGGGGACGUCCGACGAGGCGGUGCCGCUCGACAAUCCAGCCUGGCUUGGGCCUGUGUUGGCCCAGCAUGCUCACGGACGUCCAGGACAACUCCCGCUGUUCACGACCUUGGCUGUCGACAUGGCGGUGCUAUUCCGCAAGGUCACGAUGGCUCAGGGCCUGCAGGACGUGUGCCUGUACCAGUUGCGCCACGGCGGUGCAAGCGAGGACGUCCUCUCGGCCCGCCGCACUCUCGGAGAAGUGAAGUCGAGGGGGCAUUGGAGCCAGGACAGCAGCGUAAAACGAUAUGCAAAGCCCGGGAUGGUCCAGCAGCUGUUGUCGGCGCUGUCGCCGGCCGCCCGAAUGCACGGCGAGGUCCAGAGGGCGAGGCUCGAGGACCUCUUCGCAGGGCGUCUACAUUGUCAGCUGCCUGCGUCCGUGCCGGUCUCCCGAUGCGUUCAUACGAGUAUGCUGACUCUCCGUUGGAAGACGCUCUUCAUCCUGAUGUUUUUCAGCUCCUCCUUGCAGUCGCUGGGCGUGGACUCAGGAGGACAGCGCGCGAGCUUGCUGAGCAAGUUCGGGGCAGGGGACAUACCGUCGGAGGCGUACAAGGCGCACUUCUCGGCCGCGCACGACGAGGCCGCCGCCCAGUCGGCGUCCAACGUCGCGCGCCGGCGGGGCAGCGAGGGUACCGUCGAGGCGGACGGGGUCGUUAGGCGCCAGCUGGCCGGCGUGCUGAUGAGGAGGAUCGGGUACACGGACGAGGAGCUCGAGCUCCUCGGGGACGACGUGCUCCGCAUGCAGGGAGUGCGGAGCCCGUUCCGCGCCGCAGCGCUGCAGGCUGGGGAGGUGGUGGUAGACCUGGGCAGCGGGUUCGGGCCCGACGCCUUCCUGGCGGCGGCCAAGGUGGGCCCGUUUGGCAGCGUGGUUGGGGUCAACCUCUCGGCCGCGGAGGUGGGCUCCGCGAACGACCGGGCCCGCAACCGUGGCCUGGCGGAGUCACGCUGCAGGUUCGUCGUGGCGGACAUGGAGAGCACGCCGCUUCCCGCCGGGCUCGCGGACGUGGUCAUCUCCAACGGCGGUUUCUGCCUGUGCCCAGACAAGGAGGCCGCCUUCCGAGAGGUGCACCGCAUACUGCGGCCUGGCGGCCGCCUGGCGAUCAGCUGCACCGUGCUCCGGAGGCCGCUCCCUGCACUGGAGGGCAAGAGGUGGCCCCCUUGCAUGGAAGUGUUCAUGCCACGCUCGUCCGUCGAGUGCCUCCUCCAGUCGCUGGGCUUUCGCGCCGUGACUGUCGACGAGGCCGAUUCGAGGAUGGACGUGUGGGAGUUCGCCGACUCGGACCUCGAAUCGGUCGCCCAGAGCAUGCCCGCUGGCGGGGGGGCCGCUGCCAGGGGGGAGAUGUGCAGUUACGCGAGGAAGGCUGCCGCCGGGCGGGCACGCGACCAGGUUGAGAACUUCCUCGCCAGAGACCGCGAGGCUGGUAUCCACUGGGGGAAUCCCGAGUUCAAGCACGUCAGGGAGUUCGACAUGAAUGAGUUCUGCGCGCGGGUCACCAUCUACGCUGAGAAGUGUGCCUAG